AGCUAAGUAGUUAUCGAAGGAGAGUUCAGGCGAAAGGCUGUGGGCGUGUCACCUCUUCCUACAAAAAUGUCUAAAGCAGCGAGAAAGGCGUUGGACGAGGCGAGGGAGACUGGUAAUCCCGAGCUAGACUUACAGGAGAAGCAGAUAACCUCCUUAGAAGAGCUCCCUGGACUUUUGUCUCUGGAGCACAUUACUAGAUUGACACUAACACAUAAUCGCCUGACUAAAGUUCCUGCAGCCAUCGCAAAUCUAAUCAACCUAGAAAUCUUGAAUCUCUUCAACAACAUCAUUGAGGAACUGCCAACAUCCAUCUCUUCCCUCAACAAACUCCGCAUUCUGAAUGUUGGAAUGAACCGAUUGGAUGAAUUGCCAAGGGGAUUCGGUUCCUUCCCUGUGCUGGAGGUCUUGGAUAUCACCUACAAUAAUAUCUCGGAGGGAGAUUCACUCCCAGGCAAUUUCUUUAUGCUAGAGUCAUUGAGGGCACUGUAUAUGGGCGACAAUGAUUUUGAGUACAUUUCUCCGGAAAUCAAGAAUUUGAAGAACUUGCAGAUUCUUUCCCUGCGAGACAAUGACUUGAUAGUGGUGCCCAGGGAAAUUGGUGAGCUGACACGCCUAAGAGAGUUGCACCUUCAGGGGAACCGCUUGGAGGUUCUUCCUCCAGAAGUUGGUCAACUGGAUCUUUUGGGCACAAGAUCUUGUUUGCGUCUAGAAGGUAAUCCUUGGGUGCCAAUGAUUGCUGAUCAACUCCUCCUUGGACCUUCCCAUGUGAUGGAUAUGCUGCGCAAUGAAUCAUACAAGUUUGUGUACCAGCGACACAUCUCAUCUGGAAGCCAGCCACCCCCAAAGAAUUUUGAAGCCAAAAACAGGAAGAUUUCAAGAAAGAGGGAUGUAGCAUAAGGUUUCCAUGUACAAAUGGUGCUCAUCUUUCAGUACCUUGGAUACUUUACUUUCUGAAAUGGACCUUCAUUUAUGUUCCAGAGCUUUAUAAUGCAUUAAUACAUGUAGCUUUAACAUUUUAAAUUUAAUAUUUAAAAAAAAAUGCAAAUUGUACAACAUUGUACUGUUUUGAUUUCUGGAAUGCAUUGUGCUUCAAGUAACUUGCCAUUUUUGGGAACACUUUCUCUGUUCUGUUUAAAAAUACAUUUUGGAUCAUUUUAAAGUAUAUCAUUCAUGAAAAGUAGAGUAAUAUACUUUGAUCAUGCUGAUUUAGUAUUUAAUACCUAGUUAUAAAGAUGUAACAAGGAACUUCACUACAAGGAUAUGUUAACAUACUGCAAGUUAGGUUAUUUACCUAAUUAUACAUUGAGGUCUGAACAAAAUAGUGCUUGGUGUGAAAUACUCCAUAAUCCAAUUUUAUCUUUUACAGGAAGAUAAAUAGAUUCUCAUAUACCUUGAGCUAAAGCAAUUUCUUAAGACAGGUAUUGAUUUGUGUCAAAAUUAAAAUAACAGAAAAUGAUAAAUGAUGACAUUCUUUAAAUAGUUCAUGCAAAUAUUCUAGAUUCUUCUCUUAUAUUAGGUAUGUUUGUACUAAUUGAAUAUACAGUCCAUGUCUGGUUUAUAUCCCAUUCAUGUAAAGCAGUUAAAGAAGUUUUCAAGGAAUAAAAAUGCUAAUGUGACGUGUGAUUAACCAGUAAUGUUUCUUAACUUGUUAAAUUUAUUAUUGAAAUGUGUUUGAAUGGUGCUUUCAUCCCAAAUAAAAGAUAAUUCCAUGAAAUCCUCAAAACCUUCGAAAAGUGUUGCACUUCCUAGAACUUUGUGCCUUUUACAUCAUCAUGUUAGCAGUGCCUUUUACAAAAGAUGUUUGUUUGUGAUUCAAGGAGACCCUAUUCUGAAACUUUUUAUAUGGUCUAUUUGUUAUUAAAGUAAAAGCUUCUUCUUAUUGUAUUUUUAAAAAUGUAUGAGUAUUGCUAUCAUUCAUGUACAGAUUUAUACUACUAUUAUGAUUUUUUUUCUUUUUUUAUCACUUCCAUUUUACAUACAGUAUUACUUGAAAGUGCACAAAAUAAAGCCGUAUACCAGUAUCACAUGGUAUCAGAAAUGACGACAAGAUUAUUAGUUAUACCAAAUGUGUUCAAGAUAGUCUAAUAAUCAUUUGUUGGUUUUACCCAAUUUUCUUGAUUUAUAUUAUAUGCUCUCUCUAUUUUUGAAUAAAUUUGUGAGAAAACACAAAUGCAUCAAGAAUGUUAAAAAUUAUUGCAAUUAUUAAAAUUGUAAGUUAGCCCCAGAUUAUUCAGGUAAAUCUGCAUUCAAGUUAUUUUGCUGGGAAUCCAAAUUUACAAAUUGUUAUAUGGUGGCAAUUGAUAUAUCAACGGUUGUGCAAUGAUAUUAAAAUUAUUUUAAUGAAAGGUCAAAGGUGAUACACCAGGUUUUACCAAGAGACUACUGUUGAGAUUUUUUCCCAGUUUUCAUCAGUAUUCACUAGUUUGCUUCUAUUGUUACAAAAUGUAUUUUAAUAAUGCAUAAAAAGUGCCAAAGUAAAUUUACUAAAA